AUGUUCAGUGGAACGCAUAAUGUUCUUUUCUUUGGAACCAUUGCAGCCACAAUCAUUGGAAAAGAAGUCUAUGAUCAAGUAGCUUUGGACAAGCUUAAAUCUCAGGAUGCCUUUAUUCAACUUCAUCUGACAGCGUCCGCUGAAUUUCAAGGCGCAGAAGAAGUGAUAGGCUCUACCUCAACUUCAGGACCUUACAAGUUGAAUAGCACAGCAGAUGCAACAAGUCUGCACGCUAGCUCGCAGUAUCUAUCAGUUAUAGUGGAAUGUGUGAAGAAAGACACUUUAGAUUCAAUGCUUCGUGAUCUGAAAUACACAGAUGAUAGUUUAGGAGACAGCACUUGCGUAGAAACAGACACACAUUUUCAUCCAACUGCUGUUACGGUCAAUAUUUCGGCUGACAUCUUUCGUAGUGGCUGCAAGCCCAGUAUCAUUGCUAAUAAGCAGGUUCACCUCCGCUCCCUUGCGGAGCGGGCAGUCAAGGAUAUGUGCUGCGUUGUGCGUAUCACCAUUCUUCAGCAGCUUUUGAAACAAUCCAGUGUUGCACCACUGACACUAAGCGAUGUGGAAAAUGCCACAGCGAGUGGCUGCAGUGGUAAUAAUGCUGUUGUGGCCAUUUAUGUGUUGUUGCGUGUCGUAGACCUGUCCAGAAACCUCAGCAGCGCGUUAGAUGCUGAGGUAAAACUGCAACGUCAAAUGAACUUUCCAGAGCCAGAUUGUGGAUGGGACUUGUCCUUCACACGCAAAGUCAAGGUUCCAUAUGGUGUUAUGCCGCUAACACAACUUUACGAACAAUACCGACAAUUUUUUACAAAGUACUACAACAUGAACAUUAAAUGUUCAGCUGAGGUACUGCAGAUGCUGCGCGUCACACGGGAGGGAACCAAUGCGCCGUAUCCUUACCGAUGGAAUCUCCUUUCAAAUGUGUAUCUUGAUCAAGUCUUGCUUGGUGAAAAGGGGUUUGCGCCUCUGUUACUAACCCUGUCUCACUGUACUAAUCUAUCUUCCCUCAUCGCGAGCAACAGCAACCUCGGUGAUGUGUCAUGCGCGUGGAUCGGCGCCUUGUUCCACAAGCACCGUUACCUUCAUACGAUCUCUCUCACCACUAACAAUAUCUACGAGGGUGGUGCCGAUCAGCUCUUGCGCCUUGCCCGACGAAAUCACCGGCUCACAAAGCUUCAACUGGACGGCAAUCACUGUUCCAAGACGAUUAUGGAGCGCCUCUUGUGUGUGACAAAAUCCAACUUGGGCAGGAUGCAGAACGACCCACUUAACAUCACAUCAUCAGCUUAUGCCGAAAUCACUUCACCGGCCAGUAUCCCUGUGCCUGUAAUAAUGUUAGCUUUGCAAAUGUGGGCUAUGCUUGCGGUGGCGCCGGUUGGUGACGUGGAUGUGUGGGUUCACAACAGCACCACCACAGACAUGGAUCAAUACGAAGACAGUUCUUUCACAGACCGCACUGAGGCCUUCGAAGCGACUGAAAAAGAACCACGGCUCAGCAUCCCACUGAUUGCUCACGCGCCUCUUCUUAACGAGAUCAUGCGCACUGUUUACAUAGGAGUUGCGCCAGCUAUCGAAGAUCCGCUCGUGCGCACUAUCUUCAUGGAUAUUCAGGCGUUACAUCAGCAACGGGAAGAACUCCGAAACAAGGAGAUUAAUAAAGCGAAUUUACAAAGCGCAGAUAACUUUGUGGAGCCUUCUGCGUACGAGAACGACAAAAAAGACAGGUUGAGUAUAGGCAGAGAAGAUAACGGUGAAGUUUUCAUUCCUAAUGAAAUUAAACGACUACUCGAGAAGGAUUUGGAUUGCGACGGGGCCGCCGCAUCUGUUCACUCAGGGUGGGUCGAGGAGGAGGAAGAAAUCUACCAGUCCUCCUUCCUGAACAUCAUAGUCACCACCUUUCGAGCGCUCGCUGGAGGGAGUAGCUGGGCCGACGCGGUACAAAAUUUGCGUCACAUUGGAAAGCUACAGCGAGAGAUCGGGGUGCGAAAUGAAGACUACUGUCUCGCAGCUAAUAUUUUUAUGAAGUCACUUCAAAUAUGCCUCGGUAACGAAGAAAAUUCCAUAAAGAUGUUAUCUGCCUUUUUUAACGUGAUGGUGCUUGGAGUGCGCGCAGCUGUUUUUUCCCUUCCAUCGGAAAAGGCCUAA